AUCGCAUCGCCUUUGCAACAGCAUCACUUGUACCCCACGCUUGCUUCCUGCGACAGUUGUAUCCAGUUUCCACAAGAUGGCUUUUCCAGGAGGCGUGGGCUCUAUGCCAGCCGCCAUGAAUCCCAACGCAGGCAUGUCGGAGCAGGAGCAGCAAAUGGUGAAAGCAAUGCAAAUGGGUAUGGAAUCUUGCAUCGGCAAGACAGUAAUGGCAGGCGUCAUGGGUGGCGGUUUGGGUGCUAUGUUCGGACUCUUCAUGGCUUCCAUGCGAUACGAUACCCCGAUGUCACAGCCCCUCCCCGUCAACACGCCGGCUACAAAACCUACAACCGCAGCCACCGGCGCAACGGCAACGGCAGGCGUCAAGCCUUCGACAAUAGCUACCGGUAGCGUCAACUCCACAUCUGCAGCCACUCUCCCCUCAGCACCCUCUGCCUCUGCGACUGCUACCCUUCCAAACCCCACCGCUACCGGUACCGUACCGCUUACAGACCUUCCCCUACGCCAACAACUGCGUGCCGGCCUGCGCGAUAUGUACCGAUCCUCAAUCUCUAGUGGACGCAAUUUCGCCAAAGUUGGUGCUAUCUUCUCAGGGACCGAGUGCGCAAUCGAGGGCCUCCGAGCCAAGAACGAUCUGUACAAUGGAGUGGCGGGGGGCUGCUUGACUGGCGGUAUAUUGGCAAGAAACGCUGGGCCGCAAGCUGUGGCCGUAGGAUGCGCAGGCUUCGCAGUUUUCAGUGCGGCCAUUGACGCGUAUAUGCGCAUGCCAGAGGACGAGAGAAGCAAACCUAUCGCGUAGUGUCUGUAAGGCGACCAUCACGACUAUGAGUCGAAUCUGGGAUGGAAUUCAUGUCAUUGAUGUAUGUGUACGAUAUACCACAAGCGACGUUGGGGUGGACUCGCGACUUAGCAUUGGGCGGCGUUUGGAGGAUUCACUCUAUCAAGAUUCUCGACUUUACAAACGAGACCAAAAACAAUAUCGAGGGCUGUGGAAUAUAAUGUUAGUCGUCUCUUGGUGUUACAAAAAAAGACUCGACUCGAUGUAUGUUGAACCUGCGUCUACUCAUCUACCUCCAGCACAAGGCUCCCAUUACUGCCACAAGCGCGAUCCGACCAAUCAAAAUUCGCGAUGGUCUCACCCCAAAAAAAAGUCGGGCCCCACCGCCACCAUCGCGAAAUCUUCUACCACAC